AUGAAAUUCCUACUCGUCUCCGCUGCUCUCGUGGCCGUGGCAUUCGCCAGCCCAGUCCUGGUCAAGCCAGACAUUACUGGCCCAUCUCCCAUUGUCAACGAUGACUCAUACGAAGCUAUCUUCGUUGACCCCGCUAUCGUCGACAAGGAAGAUAUCAGUGUUGGACCCGCUAUCGUUGAAGGUGAAGAAGAAAUCUCCGUUGGACCCGCUAUCGUUGAAGGUGAAGAAGAAAUCUCCGUUGGACCCGCUAUCAUCGAUGAAGAAGAGGGAAUCGCUGUUGGUCCCGAAUUUGUUGAUGAUUCAGUGAACGCCCCUGCCUCCCCCAUUGUUCAAAUCAUCCUGAACAUCAACUCCCAAACUCAUGUCAUCGACGUGCCCAUCAACGCCGAGGAAGUUGCCCCCACCCCAGUGAUCGUCGUUGACGAUGCUGAAGUAUCUGAAGUCGUUCCCGACCCAGUCCUCAUUGGCAACCCACAACUCCCCGUCGUUCCUACUCCCGUCGAAAUCGGCACCCCUCAACUCCCCGUAGUUCCCUCCCCCGUGAUCACCUUACCCGACCAGCUCAACUAA